AUGCAAGCGUCUGAAGAUCGCCUGGAGGACAUCAUCCAGAGCUACCAGCGGUCGGCCCAGUUCAAGGAUGUGUCCAAGAAGCUGGGGGCCCUUCGCCGCUGCCACGGGCUCCCGAGCCCGGAGGAUACCUGUCCCUCGACCUUCAGCCACCCGUCGGAGCUGUCGCUUUCCAGUCGGGGCAGCUCCGACACCGGGUCCCCGGGGGCCUUGCACAACCGCGACCCGACCGCCAGCCAGCAGACGCUCCUGCGCAUUGACACCAACUUCGGCGGUGCGAGGACGGUCCAUUACAAUGGCAACCGCAUCUACGUCUUUUGGGUGUUGAUGCUUCGAUUCAUGACCAACCUCCGGCGAAACUAG